AUGUUUUUCGAGUACAGGUAUCGAAAUAUAUGUAUAAUUGACGAUAUACUGAACAGCGAAGUAUAUUGUAGAAUUUUAGAUACACAUCUUGUGCCUUCCGUAAAAAAAUUUAAAUUAAAAAAUUAUAUUUUUCAGCAAAAUAAUGACCCCAAACACACAAGUAAUUGCACUAGAGAUCACUUGUCAGAUAAAAAUAUUUUGACAUUAGAUUGGCCUGAACAAUCACCAGAUAUGAAUUCUAUAGAAAAUUUAUGGCAUGUUCUUAAGGUAAAAGUAGGGAAAAGGAAACCAAAAAAUUUAAAAGAAUUAAAGGAAUAUGUUGAAGAAGGAUGGAAUAAGAUAGAUGUAGAUGUGUCUAAAAAGUUGGUAAAGAGCAGGAACAGUAAAUUCAAUGAAUUAUUAAGAGUGAAAG